UGUAUUUUAUUUAACUAUAAAAUAAUAUUGGCGAAAUUCUCGUUCUGAAUUUACCGGACGUCAGUGUUCAUCAUGGCAGCUCCCCAUUCAGAAACAUUGCACUUUGAACUGACGGUUCCGUUUCCGUCGAACCGCCUGGCCCAGAUCGCUCACGGGUCCCUGUCGCCGGAUGCAGAACCGAGGAAAGGGGGGAUCAGCAAAGAGCUCCGGGUAACCGACAACAACCUCAACGUGUUCUGGUGCGCUGAAGAGGCCCGGAUCCUGCGUGUGUCGGUUGGCUCCUUCCUGGAUCACCUGGCGCUGGUUCUGGAAACCAUGCAGGCGUUCGGACCUUCUGAGACCCAAUAGAACUGAACCGCACCACAGCGGGGAACACACUGUGACCUUAACACAUAGGGCUGGGAAUCAGACUCCCGCUGCACAGCAGUGUGAACCAUUCCUGGUUUUACUAGGAGUUUAAUAAUCAGACACACCUGAGCUUGUUACCUAGACACACUGGGGGCUGAUCAAGCUGGUAGUAAAACCUGGACUGGAUCACACUGCUGUGCAAUGGGAGUCUGAUUCCCAUCCCUGGGUCAGGCUUGUUAAAUGAUCUUGAAGAGAUAUUUCAAGCUAAGGCUGUACCAGCGAUGUAUUGUGUAUUUAGGGUUGACUCUCUGUGUGGGUUCUGUGUUUGGUUGUUUGAAAAUAAAUGUUACUGAAAUCA